AUGGGAGAGGUUGAUCCAAUUUUCAUCCAAGACCCUGAGCACAGGCCCAAACUCUCCGUCACCGAAACUGAAGGCAUACCAUUGAUUGACCUGUCUCCCCUAAACUCCUCAGACAACAUUUCUGACCCUAAAGCCAUUGAAGGGGUUGCUAGAGAAAUAGGCAAUGCAUGCAAAGAGUGGGGGUUCUUCCAAGUGAUCAACCAUGGGGUGCUAUUGGAUAAGAAGAAGAAGAUUACGAGGGAUGAAAAAAGUUUGUUUGGUUACUAUGACACUGAGCACACCAAGAAUGUAAGAGACUGGAAGGAGGUGUUUGAUUUCGCAGUGGAGGAGCCAAUGUUAAUGCCAGCUUCCCUUGAUCCUGAGGACAAGGAAGAGACAAAGUGGACUAACCAGUGGCCUGAGUAUCCUCCAGAACUAAGGUAA